CUUUUCAUUCCUUUCAACUCAAUAACUCCAUUUUUCUUCAUUAUCCUUCAUAUGUCUUUCACCCUCUCUCUCCCUCCAAUCAUGCCAACAAAAAUAGAGGCAACACCACAGUCACAACCACCACCACUUCCCUUCAAGCUCAACAUGACACCCUGUGAAGCUGUCCACCACUUGGCUUCUUCCAAUGCGGUGGUGAUCUUCAGCUUGAGCGACUGCUGCAUGUCGACGGUGGCCAAACGCUUCCUCAUCAGCCUUGGUGUGGGACCUACUAUUGUGGAGCUUGACAAGGAGUCUGAUGGGAAUGCUAUCAGGUCUUUCUUGAAUCAAAUUGCUGGGGCUGAGCAGCCUGUUCCGUCUGUCUUCGUCGGCGGUAAGUUUGUUGGUGGUGUGCAGACUCUCAUGGCUAAACACAUCAAUGGAACUCUUGUCCCUCUUCUUAAGGAAGUUGGUGCUCUCUGGCUCUAAAAUAGGUUAAUAUGAUUUUCUCAAAAUUCACCUAGUUAUGAUUGAAAGUUAUAUAUAUUUUUAUAUAAUGGAAUAUUAAAGUUAACUAGUUUAGGUUUGUAGCAAAAGCCUUGUUUAAGUGCUUCUAGAGUCUUAUAUAUUUGCAUUUAUGGAUUUCUUCUA